UUUACCUGCACAGCCAUGGGCUGCAUCCAGAGCAUCGCCUGUAACAAGUCGCGCAUCAAACGGGAGAACAUCGUGGUGUACGACCUGUCGGCCACCAUCGACCACUGCCCCACCGUCAUCGAGGAGAACUCGCCCAUAGUGCUGCGGUACAAGACGCCCUACUUCAAAGCCUCGGCGCGCAUUGUGAUGCCCCCACUGCCCCGCAACGAGACAUGGGUGGUGGGCUGGAUCCAGGCGUGCACCCAGAUGGAGUUUUACAACACCUACGGAGACGUCGGCAUGUCAAGUUGGGAGCUGCCUCAGCUCCGAGAAGGGCUGGUGAGGGCCAUCAGCGACUCGGACGGCGUGAGCUACCCGUGGUACGGAAACACCACCGAGACCGUCACCAUCGUCGGCCCCACCUCCAAGCCGUCGCGCUUCGUCGUGAGCAUGAAUGACAAUUUCUACCCCAGCGUCACCUGGGCCGUGCCGGUCAGCGAAUCCAACACGCCCUUACUGACCAACAUCAAAAGGGACCAGAGCUUCACCACCUGGCUGGUGGCGCUCAACACCACGUCCAGGGAAAAGAUCCUGCUCCACACCAUCAAGUGGCGGAUGAGGGUCGACGUCACGGUGGAUCCGUCCCUGCCUCUGGGCUCCAGGGCCCGACUAGUGGGCCGGGUGCACCAGGACCAGCCGAGGGUGCUGAGCCGCAUGGAUCCCAUCCCUCCCAACGCCAUGGGGAGGCCCAACGCCAACGACGCCCAGGUGCUGAUGUGGAGGCCGAGGAGAGGCCCUCCGCUGGUCGUCAUCCCAUCCAAGUAGAGCGCCGAGAGCAUCCGAUUGGCCGACUGUUAA